ACGACUUCCAUCACAUUCUCGUUAAGGAGGAAGAUCAGUCGAAAACGACUUUCGUACUAUUUGAAGGCACGUGGCAGUGGGUUCGGUGUCCAAUGGGGAUUUGCAACGCGCCUGCCACGUUUCAGCAGGCUAUGAACGUGACAUUUCAGAACUUCGUCAACAAGACACGGCUAACCAACGGGAUGAUUAACUUUUGCGUCAUUGUGUACAUGGACGACAUCCUGGUCUACUCGGAAACCUAUCACGGGCAUGCGCAGCACAUCGAGUGGAUGCUGGGAGUUUUGAGAGAUGCUGGGUUUAAAAUCGCGCUUGAGAAGAGCGAGUUUUUCCUUUCAGAAAUCUCGUUCUUGGGUUACGUGGUGACACGUGGAGGACUGCGACCAGACUCGAGAAAAGUCGCGGCGGUGAAAGACGCCCCUAUCCCCACGUUAUUGACGCAGCUGGUCGACGAUCUCCCUCUCGAUAUCGUUUCGCAGUGCGAUGAAAGUCCGGUCCCGCGCGUCCUUUCACGAACUCUGACGCCCUACCUAGAGUGGUCGGUCUGCCUCGAGGAGCAAGGAGAUAACAAUAACCCGUCGUCGCAACGAGAGUACCUGGACCCGCGGAGGAUAAUCGACCUCGCCUUCUUUCAGCCUCGAACGGCCUCCGAAGACGAAGGGCUAACGCUAGAAGAGGAAGAAGAAGAGGGCGUAAAGGAAGGCGACGAGGAGGAAGAGGAGGAAUCUGAGUGGGAGACUUUGGGUGAAGAGGCGGAAUGCACAGAGACUAAGGAGGAGGAUCCCGAGGCGGCGCGAAGGAGAGAGGAGAUCGCAGUCGAGAAGCAGCCGUUGGAGUUCGCAAGUGGGGUGGAUCUGGCGAUCCCGAAUGACCCAGCCAAGGAUCCCGAGCCGCCCAAGAACGACGAUGGAAACCUUGCUGCUGAGAUUUCGAGCGCAGCGGCCCGACGGCGACGAAGCCGAUCCCCCUCCCCCUCCCCCUCCGCCCGUCCACCAAUUCGAUCUCGUGCCGAUGCGGGGCAUCGAGCUUCGUCCCCGGUCCUUAUCCCGUCGUCCCCUUGACCACCUCACCCUCCGCCAGACCACUACCCGCAUCACCUUCCCCUGCAAUCCCUUCCCAAUCGACACCUUCCGCUUCUUCUACGCCACCCGUCUUCCUGUCAUGGUUCAUCUCCAUCCCUCAAACCGGUGUGCCACCCCUGUCUUCUGUCUCCACGCCCUUCUCUUCAGUGCCGCGUGGCGAGGCCACAACAUCAUUGAGGUUUACUGCAUCAUCACGGGGACUAUCCCCGCAUGCGAAAACCACGAUCACUUUCGUACGACACUCUUUCGAACUUUCACCACCCUCUAGCCCGACUAUCUCGCAUCCCUUCCUCAUAGUGGUCAUCGAUUCCCUCGCUUCCACCGGAUCAUCAGAUAUCA